AAGAACCAUUAGUAAAUAAUUUUUUUAUUUCAUAAAAAAAAUAUUGUUAUAAUACAUAUACAUCGUAUAGAGCGCGCUUAUAACGACGGUAGGUGACCUCGCCCGUUCAUUCGUGUAAAAUCGGUAAAGUUCGUGUGGACGCGUACGAUACGAUAACGUUGUGUGGGGAACGAGAUGGAGCCGCUACCCAGUGCUUGGGCGACAAUGGAUAAAGACGCAUUGAAAAAGCAAAUUGAAAAUAUGAAAUAUCAAGCCAGUAUGGAUCGUUGGCCCCUAUCGAAAAGCAUUGCCGCAAUGCGCGAAUAUGUCGAAGAAAAUGAGAAGAACGACCCAUUGAUUCAUGCACCAGACAAAAAAAAUAAUCCAUGGGCUGAAAAAGGGAAAUGUGUCAUUAUGUAGAGAAAUAUUACAAAAUCCAUUUACAUAAUCCCAUUUUUUUUAUUCCUAACAUUUAUAAAUAUUAUUUUAAAUAAAUUUUUUGUUUUUUGUAUACACUUAUUUUUUACCACAUCAACUACUACUACUGACAAUUUACCAUCAACAAUGUCAUCAACAACACCAUAAUAAAUACCACAAUUUUCAAUUACAUUUUCUUUCUCCAGGCUUGU